CUUGAUCUCAAAUGUUCAGUUUGUGAAAAGGUGGGUCCCUGGGGGCGUUCUGCCUUGUUUGCUUUUGUGACGAUUUGGCGAGGCUAAACACAAAGACAAGACACAACAGCUUUGCUCAAAGAAGACUGAGGCUGAGACGACAUUCUUCUCCGUGGUGUGCCGUGAAGACGCAGGGUUGGAAUCCAGGUCUCCCAGAUGAAACAUAGACCCUAUCACUUCCUGCCCCUGAAAUUAGACUCACAAUCUUGGAUGAGAAUCCUCGCUCCUCAAGUAGGUAAUGUGAUCCACUGAAAGGGAGAGCAAAAGAGACCAGCUUUUUACUUUUCUUCAGCAACUUUGUGGUGUGUCCUUUAGCCAUGGAUGAAGAGAUGGGAGUCAUCAAUGUGGGGGAGAACAGAGGGAGAAUAGUACUGGGCACCUUGGAGAGUGACAUCCCUGACAAGACCCCUCCUUUGAAUGUGCACAGAUUGCGCAACCUGGCCAUAGCUAGCAUCGUCUGUGGCUGUUCGUGCAUUGGGAUCCUGGCUCUGAUCUAUGCAGUCAAGGCUAAUGAGAAGCAAAAAGCUCAUUCCCAGAAUGCAGCAAUCCACUGGGCUCGGAAGUCUUGGCUUAUGUCUUGCCUAAGUAUCAGCGUCUGGCUUUCCAUUCUUAUUCUGACCCCCCUGUUACUAGUCCUCAUAUCUUACCUCGUAUCUCAAGCGGAAUAAUGAGCCACAUCGAUCUGUGACUUUGGACUUCCAGGA